AUGAGCGUGUUGAGUUUGCAGGUUUGGUUGACACCAUACCUCGUCUUAGCCACCCCUGGACUUGGUCAGGAGCAUUACACCUACGUCACAGCUGUUCGAAAAGUUUUUGCCGGCUACCAAUGUUUAUUAAGGGGGGCUUUUCAACUUCCAGGUCGUGGUCAGGACGUUCUUGACUUCCUGGAUUACAAUCUAAAAACACAUAUCAAUUGGGCGGGCAGGAGUACUGUUUUCUUGCAAGGUAUCCGUGAAUCCUGGAAUAGACCGGAAGUUUUCGAAGCGAGCGACGUUGACCAUAUCCGGGAUCAAAAGAUCGGCGAGCUUUCAGCACUUAAUACUUCGUAA